CGACUGAAGAGGAUUUACUUUUUAUUUGACGCCGCUGAUUCAUAUUCUCAGAAAACAGAAAUCUCGGUGUUCAAGGGAUGAAUGUUAUCCCGGAACAGUGGAUUUAGUCGUAACAGUGCGUUUGAUGAGAUAAGAGUGCAAUAGCCUUUCCGACAAAAUAUAUAUAAAAGUACAUAUGAGUACAAAUGAAACCAGAGAUGUUCCGCGGGUAAUUUUAAAAUUCUAAAAGUGAAAAAAUUGGUCCCUUUUUUUAAAUAAUCCCUCGUGAGUGUUUAUGACAGGUUGUACAUUUUUUGUAUUCAAAAAAAUCAAGAUAAGUGAAGUGUACUAUGGUAAUGAUGCAAACAAUCCAUUCGGACACAAAACACACGGGAAGUGGCCAGUUAAGCCCGAACUCAAAUCCCGAUUCUCCCAAGUCCAAUACUUCCCCCGACGGUAACCCUAAACUGACCCUACAGAUGAAUAGUCUGCUGAUGGGCCAAUCCAACACCAGUGAAGAUUUUAAAUUAGAUCGUUUCUCCAUAGACCGUUUAAAACAGUUGACCGAUCAUGGGAUACUAAAUCGAUUGAGUCCGCCAGCAGGAGCUGAAACAAAUAAAGAAGACAGCACGCUACCUGCUUCUAUGAAUAACAUUAACAAUAACUGCAUUACUGGUCUCAAUAAUAACAAUGUUAGCAGCAAUACAAAUGUCAACAAUCGUCGAUCUCAUUCGCCGUCGCAUAGAAAACUUAUUGAGCUCGAUAUGGGUGCGAAUGUGAGAAAGCUGAUUCGACCUGAACCAAGCCAUCAUGUGCCAAGUGGGCUUUUACAUCAUCCGCAACAUUUACAACAUCUUCCCCAUCAUCAUCCGUCACAUCAACAACAUACGUCACUUUUAGUUUCGCCACAUACUCAGUUUCAAUUUAGAAAUCUACAUCAUACACAAUCGCCUCCAAUUUCUCCCAAUUCAACUGGCAAUUUACCUGCUCAAAAACCUUUAGAUCAAAAUAGUCCAAAGAGACUUCCCCAUCAACAGUUGUUAUCAUUGUCCCCGGCGGAAGAUAAUUCCUUGCAAACGUCAUCGACUUCUAUGGAUAAUAUUGAAGCAGCAGUGUUACCUGCGUCAGUGACUGCAAACACCAAUUUAACACCCGCCCAAACUGCCUCAAACCCAGUUAUCGGAAAUGACCUGGAUGUGGAAAGAAUAAAGUUAGCGGCUGCAACCGUAGCAGCGGCCAGAACAGCAGCAAUAUCAGCCGCAAAUGAACGGGAUCUUAGUGAUUAUGGCUUUCGGAUACAAUUGGGUGGGUUAUCAGCCGCAGCAGCAGCAGCAGCGGCCGUUUCAAGUCAAAAUAAAAUGUACGCAAGGAGCGAAACCAGUGAGGAGCUAAAUGUUGAUGGCAAUGAGGAUAGUAAUGAUGGGUCUAAUGAUACACCCUCGGUGUGUCCUGUUGAUCUUACCCGAUCUGUUACAACAAGUACUCCCAUAGACAAAGAAGCUGCCAAACGAUUGGCAUUUUCCGUCGAAAACAUCCUAGAUCCAAAUAAAUUCACCGGUAAAAAGGAGUCGAAGCAUCAUUUUAAUCCAUUACGGCAGUGGAGCUGUAGCAGUAGUAAUUACGAUCGGGAUGACAUGCAGGAUCGGCUGGAUGAUGACCAAAGUGAAAUCAUGUCUGCUCAGGACAUCAAUGACAUGAACCAUGAUGAAAUGUGUGAUGAUGCGAUGAGUAGUGACAUUGACGACAGAGCAAGUGAAACUGAUUCGAAAAAGGGUGGAAGUCGAAACUCGCGCGGCAGCUCCAGCGACGGAAAAGGACCUGGAGGAAGUGGUGGUGGUUCAAAGCCGCGUCGAGCCAGAACUGCAUUUACUUACGAGCAGCUCGUGUCGCUUGAAAAUAAAUUCAAAACCACGCGAUACCUGUCAGUUUGUGAGAGACUUAACUUAGCUUUGAGCUUAAGUUUGACCGAAACUCAAGUUAAAAUUUGGUUUCAAAAUCGCCGAACAAAAUGGAAAAAACAAAACCCUGGCAUGGAUGUGAAUAGCCCGACGAUUCCACCUCCAAACAGUGGAUCGUUUGGACCAGGCGGAUAUGCUAGUAGUUUAUUGUACCCCCAUGCCGUACCCUAUCCACCCUAUGGACCUUAUUUUCACCCUCUUGGCGCUCACCAUCUGAGUCACUCACACUCAUAAUUGGGUGGAGUCGAUGUUUUAAGCAUGUUUCUUUACAAAGACGUAAGGGCCCGCAGUCGACCUUAAAUUGUGAUUAUGUAUGUAUGUACGUUCUAGCUUCGUAUUAUUAGAUUGUAAGGAUAAUCCAACUGGAAGCAAAACGCGUAAGGCUACAGAGAUCAAUAUACUUUUAAUGGAUCUGGCGGAAGAAAUUAGCUAAAGCUCUGAAGCUGCAAAAUUCAAAUCUUCUGUAUAUGUACAUAAAAUUAAUAGCUAUAUGAAAUUUUUUACGAACUUUUCUUUGUUAUUGAAUUUCUGCUACUUUAUUCGUGUGAUUAAAAUGCAUUCGAUAAAAUGAUAACAUCGCUAAUGACUAAUUUCCGAUAGAAAUUAUCGCCGUAAAUUCGAAUAUUUCACAUGCCGGGUUUUGUGCAAGAUACUCGUACUUGGUUUAUGUAUGUAUGUAUAUGUAUCUAGAAAUCUAGUUUAUUAUUUUUUAAAUUUUAAAAUUGUCAAUUUUGCCCAAAUCAUGCGAUAAUAAAGGAGCAAUUAGUUCAUGUUUUUUUUUUAUAAAAUUAUGUUGGAUAUGAAUAUAUGUUCCUAACGUUUAAACGAUUCAUAUUUUUGAUUUGAAAAGUAAAAAAAAACGAUUUAUGUUGUUCUUUGGUGUAAAUAAAACUUUUAUGAUGUGUAGAAUAAAAGCAAAAUAAAAUUAUAGCAU